AUGUAUCCGAGUAGCUCGUGUCUAGGAAGGAGCAGCAGGAGGCUGUCUCAAGAGGCUUGGUCGCAAAGCCAAGAGCAGAAGAGCCUAAGUGCGGCGCUGUCUCAGACACAAAAGGAAGUACUGAAGGCGCGACUUACUCACGAUGACUACAUGGCUUCGCAAUAUCCGGUUGAGAAAGAGGAGAUAGAUUAUGUGAUCAAGGAGUUUGGAACAGGGAAAAGCCCGAAGACACCGCAAGCAUCGAAGCCGUCGAAAUCACUGAAGGCACAGAAGGGGCAAGCUCACGACGACACUGCGGACGACAAGCAGAGCACUUUUUCUAAGUCAUGA